AUGAGUGAUAACAAAAAUGCGUGGACGCAGCUUACCGAAGAAGCAUUCGAAGUAUGGGGAACCCCUUCAACUAAUGACAGUGAGCCUAAUGCUGCCAACUGGACUGUUACUACCAAGGUAGCACAGAAUAAAAAUCAGAAGUUAGUUUGGAAGCAAACUACUCCAGCUAAUCAAGAAAGUGAUUCGGAACAAAACGAACGCCUGCCUUGGAUUCGUGAGCCUCCAAAAAAAGAAAACGUGCCGUGGGAGGUGAAGCAAGAGACAUUACCUUGGGGUGCUAAAUCAACUGUGAGGCCGGAAUUUGCGUCUCGGGAAAUUUCAAAGGAACAAAUACCAUGGGCAGCUAGUGCGCGCAUGUCACAUGAUAGUAGUUCGGCUUCUAAUGUGAAAAACCCCUGGAAUAAGACCACCACCUCCACCAUUAAUAAAUCAAACAACAUCGAAUCUAUGUCAAAUUAUUCCGAUACAUCAUCGAGAUCAUCGAAAGAGUCGACGACGAAGGUGAUUGCACCGUGGAAUCGGGGGAAAAAAAUAGAUAGCGAUGUUGAUAAUGCAUCUAGUAGACAGUCACAACUACCACCACAACAAAAAGAAUCAAUAGAUUGGUCUUCAGGCACGAUAUCAAAAAAUAAAGCUGACGCGUGGAUCAAGACUUCAUCCCGUUUUGAAGACUUAUCAUAUGACCAAGAAAAAGUAUCCAACACGCCAAAGAAACAAGAUUCUUCACGUGACAAUAUUAAUGGUGGUGGAGUAAGUUCAGGUGGUAGACGUGUGCUUACCAUCGAAAAACCUAAUUGGCCGCCGCCUCAAUCACGUAAUGACAACCAAACAGAUGGCAAGAAAAGAAUCAUUACUUCAAGUGAUACUAGGAAUUCAGAGCGCUCAUCUUUUGUCUAUGAAAAAGAAGUAUCCGCGUCUAAAUCAAAUAAUAUUAAAGAUACUACCAGAAGAGAUACUUCCAAUCAGAAUUACAACAACUCGCGCUUCACACAGAGAAAAUCGCAUUCACACAAUGACGACGAGAUCGAACGGUCAAAAGGGAAUCAUAACAGCUCGCGUUUCUCACUAAAAAAAUCGCAUUCAUAUGACGACGACGACGAGGUCGAAUGGUCAACUUCCAGUAAAGGCAGUAGUCGCAAUAAAAAACACAUGUCAUCGUCGUCGAACACGAAAUCAGGACAUUAUUCUUCCAAUAAUAGAAAAUCAUCAAGAAAAGAAGACAAAGGUCUCGUGUUACCAGAACUUAUCGUUCUGGAGAAACCAGAGAAAACAGGAUUUCGCGCCAUACCUAUUUUACCUACACAGCGAGAGUUACUUGCGAGGCGGCCUAAAGAUUUGCCAGUCAAUAAACUUGUUCAGCCUUAUGAAAAUGUUGACGAAUAUUUGUCGACUCAUUGUCGGCUGUUGAGGGAAGAUUGUAUACGCCCGUUACGAGAAGGCAUUCAGAAGCUACGAAGGAUUAAUGAUGGUGGGAAACAAAAGACUGAUGACGAUAAUGAAUAUGGGGAGACAGUUGAGUAUGUUGAUCCUGCAACCGAAAUGCAAAAGAUUCAAGAGGAAUUGUCUGAUAUUAGAGUGUAUGAACAUAUACAAAUUGUUGGAGUUACAUUUGCGAGCAUGGGAGUCGUUCAUCGAAUUUCAUUCAGAACUAAAUACGGUGAACAUGUUACUUGGUCACAGAGUAAAAGAUUAAUUUCCGGCACUUUAAUCGUUUUCACAAACGACAAUUUCGAAAAUAUGGUGGUAGGCACAGUAGUCAAUCGUCCACUGGAACUUCUAACUCAGCGAUCAGACCUACAAAUAGAAGUUCUUUUUUCCGGGAAUACAUUCUAUUAUAACUGGCCAACAAACUAUAUAAUGGUGGAAUGCACUUCUGCCUAUUUCGAAGCUUAUCGUCACGUCCAAAAAGUCUUGCAGGAGUUGAAUCCAAAGAAUCUUCCGUUUAAAUCACAUUUCGUGAACCAAGACUGUAAUAUAGAACCUCCACAAUACCUACUUCGUCGUGGUCAUCCAAUCUAUGAAUUUAAGAAUUUGGAAGGGAUAAAAAAUCUGGAAGAAAGUAUUGGCACGACGAAGAUUAAUAUUAGAGACUCAUGGCCGGAUUAUGAUCAACUUGACACAACGCUCCACAUGUCGCAAUACGAAGCAAUUUCUCGAAUGUUGACUCAACGUCUUGCAUUAAUUCAGGGUCCUCCGGGGACUGGUAAAACCUAUGUCGGGUUAGCUGCGAUUCGCUUACUGCUCGAAAAUACUAGUUCUUCCAGUUUGAUUGUAAUUGCUUGUCAGACUAACCAUGCUUUGGAUCAAUUCCUAGAAGGAAUACAAGAAUUUGAACCAAACAUUAUUCGUCUUGGCUCUCGUUCUAAAUCAGAAAAGAUUAUUCCUAAAACAUUAUAUAAUAUCUCAAAAACUCUAAAGGCAUCUGAACAAGUGUUCAAUCUACCACGUAAACGAUUAAUGAGAGAACGUAAUCGGAUUGAGAACAUGAUGGGCCGACUAUGUGAAGAGAUAAGCAACCCAUGCAUUAGCUUAGACUUUGUAAAAGAACAGGGGUUACUUAGCGAUGAGCAAUUAACAAGUCUCCAGCAAGACGACUGGGUCACCUCGAAAAAUUACGCGACGGAUGAAGAAUCAGGACGCGAUUUCAUUAGAGAAUGGCUCGAACCAGUCAUUACAGUGCAUUCUUCGAAACACGAUGCAAUCGAGCAUCAGCUCGCACAGAUGGAUCUUGAAGGCCGAAAAGUGAUCGAAGCGGAAGAUGAUACUGAAAUUGACGAGGAAUUGCUUCAAAUCAUCGAGGCUGAGUUCCAAGAUGGUCAAUUUCGAGACGAAACUCAAACGCUUAAUGGAAAUUUCGUGUAUUUGAGAAGUGAAGAGUAUGUAGACGACGAUUAUGGAUUUCUUACAGAUAAGGAGAUAAAAGAAUUCGAGUCAACCGAUGAUGUUUGGUCGAUUCCCGAAAAAGCUCGCGCUGCAAUUCAUAAUAGAUGGAAAAGUAAAAAAGUGCAGGGUGCACAGAAAGAACUUGAGAAAUUGAAUGCAAAGUAUGCAGAGCUUUGUGCAGAGAUUAAAAAGGAACGGAUACGCGAGGAUAUUUUAGUUUUACAGGAUGCUCGAGUGGUUGGCAUGACUACCACUGCUGCGGCUAAAAAUCAUGACCUGUUGGUCAAUCUCAAGCCAAAAAUUAUUAUGCUUGAAGAAGCUGCGGAAACGUUAGAAGCUCACAUUAUCACGGCUCUCACGCCGGCCACUGAGCAUUUAAUACUUAUCGGUGAUCAUGAACAACUGCGACCCAGCACUGCAGUUUACGAAUUGGCUGAAAAACACCGUUUGGACGUCUCCUUAUUCGAGAGACUUACCGGAUUCUUGCCAUACACACGUCUCUCGGAACAACGACGUAUGCGACCAAUAAUUCGCGAACUUUUAACACCGAUAUACAGUACAGUAAUCGAAGAUGCUCCGAACGUCAUGGAAUACCCUGAUGUUACGGGUAUGACUGAAAACCUCUUCUUCAUUGAUCACGAAGAAGAAGAAAAAAACGUUAAAGAUUCCAAGUCAAAAAUUAACGAGCAUGAAGCAGCAAUGUGUGCCAAAUUGGCAGGAUACUUGGUGAAGAUGGGAUAUGAAUAUAGUCAAAUUACGAUAUUAAGUAUGUACACUGGUCAACGAGAGAGAAUAAAAAAACUUUUGCGCGAAGAAGCUGUAAAAUCGGUUGAUGCUAUAAAACAUAUCAAGGUUGCAUCGGUGGACGGGUUCCAGGGCGAAGAAAAUGAUAUUAUAUUGUUAUCCUUGGUACGAAGUAACCCACAACGCGUAUGCGUCGCAUUAUCGAGAGCCAAACAUGGCAUGUACAUAUUUGGCAAUGCAGGACAACUAGCCGAAAAAUCUGAUGUAUGGCGACGAGUUUUGUUGAUUCUUGAUCGAAUGAACAGGGUCGGGAACCGAUUAAAGCUUAUCUGUCCGAAACAUUCGACACGGAUGGCGCCAGCAAUGACUCUUGUGAGUUGGGCUGGUGAAUUUCCACCGGAUGGCGGAUGCUUUAGGAAAUGUGGUGAAUUAAUGGAUUGUGGACAUUUAUGCCCUCGUGAUUGCCAUGCGUUUUCUCACGAUCGAGUCUCAUGUCGGGAACCCUGUUUACGCAAACUUCCAUGCGGACAUCCAUGUAAAAAAGAAUGUCGGCAUCCGUGUGGACCGUGUGAAGUCCAAGUAGAAAUACAACCAAAAUGUGGACACAUAAAAGAAAUGCCAUGUCAUGAAUUAAAAAAAGGGUACAAGUGUUCGGAAAG